AUGAAUGACUUAGAAAAAAGAAAACAAGUAUAUGGAAUAUGUGGAGAAUGUAAUGAACCUGGCACAGGAUUUCUAUGGUGUCAACCUUGUAAUUCUAAAAGAUCUGUGGAUAACUUUAAAAAUUGGACUAGUGGAAAUAAAGAUAUUGAUAAAUUUAUUCAACAAUUACAACUUAAUGCUGUGCACUGUAAAAAUUAUUUUGAAUGGAUGAUACCUUUUGAAAAUUUUAAGGAUAUUACUUAUAUUACCAGAGGUGGAUUUGGUAAAAUAUAUUCAGCUGUAUGGCCUGAACGAUAUAUUGAAUAUUGGGAUAUUGAAAAUCAAAAAUGGAAGAGAGACCUUAAAGGCAUUGCAAGCGGGCUUCUUGAUAUUCAUAAUUCUGGAAAGGUUCACAAAGACUUUCACUCAGGAAUAUGUCAACCAGCAAAUAAUGAAAAGCAAUCAGUUAAACAAAAAGGAAUUUAUGGAGUAUUACCUUAUAUGGCACCAGAAGUUUUACGUGGAUAUCAAUAUACAAAAGCAUGUGAUAUUUAUUCAUUUGGAAUAAUGAUGAAUGAAUAUAUAUCUGAAGAAACUCCUUAUAAUAAAAUUCCUCAUAAUCAUGCUUUAGCUAUUAAAAUAUGUAAAGGACUUAGACCAAAUACUUUUAAAUAUACACCAAAAUUACUUGCAGAUUUGAUUACUAAAUGUUGGGAUGCUAAAGCAGAAAAUAGACCAACUGCUAAAGAAUUAUAUCAAAAACUUGGGCAAUUGAGUGAUUUUGAUGAUGAAUAUGAUUAUAAAAUCAAAUUAAACAGAACAAGUGAAAAAAGAUCUAAUAACAUUCAAACACAUCCACAAGCAAUCUAUACUAGUAGACUUUUAAAUUUCAAAAAUCUUCCAGAACCAGUAAAUUUAGGUGCUAUUCAAUCAACAUUAUUUUCAGAAGGUUUUGAUUGCCAAUUAGAUGAAUCAGAUCUUAAUGAAAUGAAUCAAGAUGAUGAAAAUAAUAUUGAAUGAAGUUUUCUUUCGAAUCAGAGAAUUAUUUUAAUUAAAUAACAUUAUUAAAUUAU